GCAAAACCUUGAUCGCCUCUCCCCUCCCUGCUGCACCCUGCCCCAUUCCUUCCUUUGACAUCACCGGGAGACUCUCGGGACGCACACCCGCCUGAGAGCUUGCUGUGCCGCCGCCCUUUCAUCCGUGGACUCCCCCAAACGCAGCGAUGGAUUCCGACUCCGACUCACCUUUCAACUACUCCUGGCCUUCCUUCCCCAAAAUGAAGAUUCGGCGCCGGGCCUCGAGACAAGGCCGGUCCUUUGAUGGGCUCAAGUCCAAGCACUCCCCAACGUUCCUGGCGGCAGGCCGGCUUUCUGACAUGCUGAAUGGCGGUGAUGAAGUCUACACUAACUGCAUGGUGAUUGAUCAGGUGGGCGACUUGGAUAUUAACUAUAUUAAUAUAGAAGGAAUCCCUGCCAAUACCACCCCUGAAUCCAUGGAUUCCACCUGCGGGUCACGGAGCGGCAAGAACACGCUCCCCGGAGCAGCGAGCGCUGGCGCGUGUCCACGCUGCGACCACAGCCAAGGGACCGCAAACGCCCUGGAAGCCCAGCCGUGCUGCCUGGCCCCGCCCAGCGCGUGCGUGUCCAGUUUGAACCUUUCCUUUGGUCUGCAUGGGUUUGACCGGGAGCAAAGCCAUCUGAAGAAAAGGAGUUCCAGCCUCGACGCCUUGGAUGCUGACAGCGAAGGGGAAGGACGCCCGGAGCGGUCCCACAUGUGUUACACUCCCGGGUCUCAGAGCUCCUCCCAGACCGGGAUCCCUAGUGGCGACGAAUUGGACUCUUUUGACACCAGCACUGAACCGGAUUUUAACAUCUCCAGGGCAGAAUCACUCUCUUUCUCAAGUAAUCUGCAGUCAAAGGAAUCGCUGUUUUCUGGAAUCCGCUCACGUUCUUACUCCUGCUCAUCACCCAAAAUUUCUUUGGGAAAAUCUCGAUUGGUGCGCGAUUUUACAGUGUGCAAUUCAAGAGAAGAGCAACGCGCUUACAGCUUACCGGAACCACCAGAAGAGAAAAGGACUGAGGACGAGGAAUGGGACAAGUACAUCAUGCCAGUCAAAUCGGAGUCUGAGAGAUACAAGGUGAGCCGGACCUUCAGCUUCCUCAUGAACAGGAUGACGGGUCCUCGGAAUAAAUCUAAGACAAAAAGCAAGGAUGCCAAAGACAAAGAAAAACUGAGUCGACAUCAGUUUGUCCCUGGAUCAUUCUCUGGCCUUCUUCUACAGUGUUGGGUUUGUGAUAAGCCAUUCCUGGGGAAGGAGUCCUUCCAGUGUUCUACCUGGCUUGUGUUGUGCGAGUGUUACUACACACCCGGCUCUGCUUUUCCUUCUCCACACAUCUUAGAUGUUGUGGAGUCUUCUCUGUGGAGUGACCUCAGCAGCGAUGCCCACGGAUUUGAAGGGGAAUCCUGGAGCCUCGUGGUGGACCCUUCAUUCUGCAGCAGGCAGGAGAAAGAGGUCGUCAAAAGGCAGGAUGUCAUUUUCGAGCUCAUGCAGACGGAAAUGCAUCACCUGCAGACCCUCCUCAGCAUGUCUGAGAUCUUCCGAAGAGGGAUGAAGGAGGAGCUGCAGCUGGACCACAGCACGGUGGACAAGAUCUUCCCCUGCCUGGAUGAGCUCCUGCAAACCCACAGGCACUUCUUUUGCAGCCUGAAGGAGCGAAGGCAGGAAGCCUGCGUUGGCAACGACAGGAACUUUGUGAUCGACCGCAUCGGCGAUCUCCUCGUGCAGCAGCUCCAGAAUAGUAAUCUUCUGGCCCGGCGCCGAGGAAUCCCCGAGUGCAUCCUGCUGGUCACUCAGCGAAUCACGAAGUACCCUGUCUUGGUGGAGAGGAUACUGCAGUACACAAAGGAAAGAACGGAUGAACAUCGAGACUUAUGCAGAGCACUUUGCUUAAUUAAAGACAUAAUUGCGGCGGUGGAUUUAAAAGUCAGUGAAUAUGAGAAAAACCAAAAGUGGCUUGACAUCCUAAAUAAGAUAGAAAAUAAAACCUGCACAAAGCUGAAGAAUGGCCACGUUUUCAGGAAACAGGCGCUGAUCAGUAAAGAGAGGACCCUGCUAUACGAUGGCCUCGUGUACUGGAAGACGGCAACGGGCCGUUUCAAAGAUAUUCUAGCUCUACUUCUAAGUGAUGUGCUGCUCUUUUUACAAGAAAAAGACCAGAAGUACAUUUUUGCAGCUGUUGAUCAGAAGCCGCCAGUCAUCUCUCUGCAGAAGCUGAUCGCCAGAGAAGUUGCGAACGAGGAGAGGGGGAUGUUUCUCAUCAGUGCGUCGUCUUCCGGUCCCGAAAUGUAUGAGAUCCAUACGAAUUCCAAGGAGGAGCGGAAUAACUGGAUGAGACGGAUCCAACAGGCCGUAGAGAGUUGCCCAGAAGAAGAAGGGGGGAGGACAAGUGAGUUGGACGAAGAGAGGCGGAAAGCAGAAGCAAGAGCGGCCAAAAUUCAGCAGUGUCAAGAGCUGCUCAGUAACCAGGACCAGCAGAUUUGCACGUACUUGGAAGAGAAGCUGCAUAUCUAUGCAGAACUGGGAGAACUGAGUGGGUUUGAAGAAGUCCACCUAGAGCCCCACCUCCUCAUUAAGCCCGACCCCGGGGAGCCUCCGCAGGCCGCCUCAUUGCUCGCUGCAGCACUGAAGGAAGCUGAGAGCCUGCAAGUGGCGGUGAAGGCUUCCCGGGUGGGUGACGUAAGCCCGCCCUCAGAGGAGAGCUGUGUGGAGCCUGGCUUGACGGAUGCGCUCGGGUCUGGUGCUGGGCCUGCACCUCCUAGCGACGGACCAGGACUGUCUGCUGCUUCACCAGUCACAGAAGGGCCAGGAGGAAGCGGCUGUUGGGAUGUGGAUCCCGGGAUCCGGGGUGUGGUAGCCGACCUGGCAGUCUCUGAUGCAGGGGAGAAGGUGGAAUAUAGAAGUUUCCCAGGCUCGUCACAGUCAGAGAUUAUACAAGCCAUACAGAAUUUAACCCGGCUCCUAUACAGCCUCCAGGCCGCCCUGACCAUUCAGGAUAGCCACAUCGAGAUCCACAGGCUGGUCCUCCAGCAGCAGGAGAGACUGGCUCUGGGCCACCCGCUCCGAGGCGGCCUGUUUCAGGACCUGGAGAAGCAGCGCGAGGAGCUGGCCAACGUGCACGGGCUCCAGCAGCAGUUCCAGCAGGAGCAGCGGCGCUGGCACCGCGCGUGCGACCAGCAGCUGCGCGAGCAGCGGGCCAAGGAGAGCUGGCUGCAGGAGCGGGAGCGGGAGUGCCAGUCUCAGGAGGAGCUGCUGCUGCGGGACCGCGGGCAGCUGGCCCAUCAGCUGCAGGAGUACCAGCAGAACCUGGAGCGGCUGCGGGAGGGCCAGCGGCUGGUGGCGCGGGAGCGGGAGCAGAUGCGGACCCAGCACAGGCUGCUGUGCCACUGGAAGCACAGCCGGCAGAGCAGCCUCCCGGCGGCGUUUCCCCCAGGAGGCACGGAGGUCAUGGACCUAAGCCGUUCUGAGAGUUUAGGCCAUGAAAACUCAUUCUUCGUCAAUGAAGCUUUUGUCCGAAUGUCACUCAACACUUCCAAUCAACCAACUCCAUCCGAUACCUGCCAGGAUGCAACUGACCCCCAACACGCAUCUAACUCGGAUUUGGUAAGGACUAGUGGAAACCAGGCAGACCUCAAGAUGGACGUUUCCCAGCCCUUGGAUGUCGCCCACGAACUGUGGUCAGCCCCUGGGUCCUGCCACCAGACACCUCCUCUCCAGAAAAGCAGCAAGGAUUCUUGUAACAAUGAUCUGGUUGCCUCCUUGACUGAGCGCCCCCACCCCCAGGACUCACCUCCACCACGUCCCCGGCCAGAGGCAAAGCUAAGCCUACAGACCACGGCCAGACAGGAUGCAGAGAAAGAGGAUCCAGCCGAUGAAAACAUUGUUUACCUCUGAUUGUGUGUGGUUAUUAUUAUUUUUCCCUCCAAACAAAAGAAAGCAAAACAUUGGCACUUUGGAGCGAAAUAUGUUGUCUGUUUUACCUUCCCCUGAUGUGGGCAUUCUUGUCUGUGUCUGAAUGGCUCUCAGAGUAACAUGUAAGAUGUCUGGCAAGAGCAUGGGAGAGGGCGCAGCGUCUAAUGAUUACAUUAUUGAACAUGGUUCUGUUGCCUCAUCUUCGCCUUGUGACACCUGAUGUCCGAUUCCUGGAGCAGAGAUGAACUGACUAAGCAGAAGCGUUUGAAAUGUUUGACUCGUGAGUGAAAUUCCAUACAGUAUCUUCUCUGGGAUGAGCUGGGUGGAGUUUGAAGUGCCUCUCAAACUCAGAUGAAACAAUAGGGGUUUCCAGAGUGGUGUUUGUAAGGGGCCCACUCUCCCAGUCCCUCCUGAUUAGUAGGAGUGAGGACCCCCAAAGGCAAGGGAACGUGUAGAAAAGCUCUGGGUGGGCUAGCUUUUACCCAUGACUUUCUUUGUGGGGCAUCAAAGAGGAGUAAGCUCCUGGCACCAUUCCCAGCCACCAUUCGACUCGGUGCGUCUGAGCCCUUCUGACCAGGUGGCCGCCGCCCUAGGGAGACUGUUGAUUCUCAGAGGACCUCAGCUCUUUGCUCAGCAGAUGCAGACUCUGGGUCUGAUGCUACUUGGCUUCCAAGCCACAGCCAGCAGCAUCUUUCAACUUAACCGUCCUCGGAGGCCCAGGGCACACCAGAAAGUCCGUUUUGAUGGCAAUAGGGAAACUUCCCAUCAAUGAUCCAUUGGACCUGCCCCUGCAGCCAGCCCCCUGGGAGCACCAACGCCUGGCAUUCACUAGCGGAAGGCUUUUCAGGAAAGGCCAAAUGAAAACCAAGCCCCUCCCCAGGACGCUGGCCUGCCGGGAUAGGAGGCUGGUUUGGGCAAGCGAAUGGGCACACACCCUGCCUUCAGAAUAAGAGGGCCUCCACGUGAGAAGAGAAACCAGGACAUUUCAUCUUGUUCUUCAGGAAUAUUUGUGUAUGUUUUGGUCAGUGUCAAUAAACAUCAUUUACAUCACUA